UAAACACAACGUAAACAUUGAUUGACUGAAUGAAUGAAUGAAUAAACAAAACAACAAUAAAAAUGAUUGAAUCAAUCAAUCAAUCAAUUGAUGGAUAUCUUCAUAUCAUUUACAUCUGUUGUUGUUUUGAUGACUCAAUUAAUUAAUUAAUUAAAUAAAUAAAUUGUUGGAUCAGAUCUCAAGAUAUACUUCAAAAACAUUGCCAUUGAGUGAGUCAUCAAACAGUGAGUGAGAGAGAGAGAGAGAGAGAGAGAGUCAAAGAGAGAGAGAGAGAGAGAGAGUCAAAGAGAGAGAGAGAGAGAGGAAGAAAGUGAUCCACAGAUGAAAUACUAAGAAGAAGUCAAAGGAAGCCAUAAUUUGUGUAAACACACUGAAAGGCGUGACUGAUAUUUGAAGCCAAAGUAUUCAAAGAAGUAAUCGUUUGAAUUGAAUCCGAAGUCGCCAUCGAAGUCAUGAUGAUUGCCAUCGAAAUGAAAAGACCAUUAGUUUCAUUUCGCUGAUGAUGAAGAUGAUGGCUAUCAUGAAGAUAAUGAUGACGAGGACAACAAUAACAACAGUAGCAACUAAUAUGAAGACAAUCAAUGAAACGAUGGGAUUUUGACGAAGAGAUCCGCCGUUUUUUCCGUUUAAUCUCUUCAUUUUAGUACCCAAUUUCUUAGCCAAAUUAUAUUUACCGUAGGGUGUAAUCACUUUAACGGUUCCCAUUAGUGUUGAGAGGUUUGAAGUUAUCGUGCAAUUACCGUAGUGGCCAAACAACAACAAAAAUAUGUCGCCUCAUAGGUCGUCGAUGUCAUCUUCGGCAGCAUUGGCUGCUGCGUCGUCGUCGUCCAGUAGUCGACAUCACAACAGUAGUAGUAGUAAUAGUAAUCAUCACAAUAGCAGAUCUAAUCGCGAUAGAAGACACGAUCGACACCACAUCGACAGACAUCGCGGUAUCGGCGGCGGCAGUGACUCGGAAUCGGAGAUCAGCUGUUGUCUCAAGUAUUUGAUAUUCGGUUCGAAUGUCAUCUUCUGGUUAACCGGACUACUAGUCUGUGUGGUCGGUGUGUGGGCGUGGACUGAGAAGGAGGUGUUCAACAAUCUGACCCGUAUAACCAACAUUGCAUUGGAUCCGGCCUUCAUCAUGAUCUGUGUCGGCUGUCUGGCCUUUACCAUUGGUUUUACCGGCUGUGUCGGUGCCCUCCGCGAAAAUACCUGUCUUCUGGCCGGAUAUGCAAUAUUUUUGGCCAUUUUAUUGCUGUUGGAGUUAACCACAGGAAUACUUGGAUUUAUUUUUAAAGAUUGGAUUAAAACACAAGCGGCCACCGGCUUCCAGGCCUUCAUAGUCUACUAUCGGGACGAUCCCGAUCGCCAGAAUCUUGUCGACUGGGUCCAGGACCAGUGGCUCGGCUGUUGCGGUGUCGACGGCCCGAAAGACUGGGACCAAAACAUUUAUUUUAAUUGUUCGAGCGCUGCCGUCGGCAGUCGCGAAGCUUGCGGUGUCCCGUUUUCAUGUUGUCGCCCGGUGCCCAACGAAGUCAUACGCAAUAAACAGUGCGGCUAUGAUGUCCGCAAACACGAAUUUGUCGGUGAUAAGUCUCUAAUAAUCUAUGAAAAGGGAUGCCUAAGGGCUGGUGAGGAAUGGAUUGAAUCUAAUUUGGUUCCGGUGGCGGGUUUUACUGUUGUCAUUGCUGUACUUCAGAUUUUGGGCAUUUGUUUUGCGCAAAACUUGAGGGCAGAUAUCUUUGCCCAGAAGGCUAAAUGGCAUUAAACAAAAAAAAAUUUUUGCGGGGAUGUAAUGGAUGGAUGGAUGGAUAUCACAUAUACUACCAUUACUACUACCACUACCACUGUAUUGAAAGAGGGAUAGAAGUGUAGGAUAUAUGUCCACUGAUAUGAUGAUAUGUUUCAACAACAAACCGGACCAUUCAUUUCAUAAUAUAGAGAAGCAUUUAUUUUAUAAAAAAAACAAAUCUAACUAAAACAAACAAACAAAAA